AUGAGUUUCUGGGUCUCCAUGCUCAUCUUCCUCGUCUGUGUGAUAAUUGGGUCUUGCCUACCUUCCGUGUUGGCUUCCUCCGUUGACGUUUGCGAUCAUCAUGAAUUCGAUGUGUUCCGAUUCGGAAUCGACAGAAAGUGUCCUCCUUGUCUCUAUCCAAGACCUCCUUUGGAGGUGGAUGGUGACUUGCUAGACAGACUUAUGGAUGCACAUAACCAUGGAAAUGCUUAUACUUCCAUUCUAUUUUAUUCCUCGCGGUGCCCCUUCUCAAGUACAGUACGGCCAAAGUUUGAAGCUCUGAGUUCAAUGUUCCCCCACAUAGGGCACCUGGUUGUUGAGCAAUCUCAGGCUUUACCAUCGGUUUUUUCUAGGUAUGGUAUCCAUAGCUUGCCUUCAAUCCUGAUGGUGAAUCAAACAUUGAAGAUGCGAUACAUUGGUCCAAAGGAUCUUGCAUCCCUGAUUCAGUUUUACCAACAAACAACAGGUCUUAAACCAGUCCAGUAUGUGGAUGAAGCUGAACCAACGAGCUUGGACAACGAUGUUAACCUUAUCACAUGGCUACACAACGGGUCAUCUCUCAGAGAGAUAGCAGAAAGAGAGCCUUAUUUGGUGCUUUCACUGAUGUUUCUGUUUUUGAAACUGGCGAUUUUGAUCUUCCCAAUCAUGGCAACGCGUUUGAAAACGUUAUGGGCUUCUUAUGUUCCGCAACUGAGCUUGGGAAUACUUGGUGAGACUAGCCAACUCUUUGGCCGUGCACUGCACAUGAUCGAUGUGAGGAGGCUAUGGAUUAAACAGAGACUUAGCAAGACAAGGGACUUCCAAGAGAGAGCAAAGAAUGCACUUGCAUCUGUCUCCCUAGGAAAAUCUACUUCACAAUCAGCUUAAUGGGUACUGAUGAGCUUAGUUAAAUUUUACUUUUCUUUUUGUGGACGUUCUUGACUCUGUAUGUAAAUUAUGUUUUGCUUAUUUGUGAAUAUUUUGAAUCUUCCUUUCUUGAAUAUUCUUAUUCUUGGUCCACUUUGGAUACCUUGCACAUUUUUUUGUCUACAUGGCCUAAUAUCAACGGUCUUGGUUUGAUUGGUGUUAGAGGUGGACACUUGGG